AUGUCAAUUAAUGUUGUUAUCAAAGAUCUUCAAAAUAAAAUAAAUCAACAUUACGCAGUAGUUCAAAGAUCCAAUUUUAACCAACAAAGUGUAUCCAAUGAAUCUGAAGCUAAUUCAACCAAUGAAUCUGAAACUAAUUCGCGAGACUCUUCAACUAAUUCAUCUUCAAGCUCUUCGAGCCAAAAAUUCACAAAUAUUAUUUCUGUGAUCUGGGAACAAUUUAUGAAGAUCUUUGAUAAGAUUAAGGGUGCGAAUGAUUACUCUUUAGAUCAGAUGUGUGGGGUUGUAUCGGUUGAUAUUCUUAGACUUGGGAUGGGAGUAAUUGGGAAAGAUAUGAUAAAAGGUUUUUGUUGUAGAAAAAAUUUAAAUAGCAAAAACUUAGAAAAAAUAGGUGCUUGGAUAGAUAAUAGUCAUUUAUAUAUCUACUGA